UCCCUGUGGCUUUCUGAGCAGCUUUUUUUUCUCUCUUAUUUCUAUACCCGUUGCUAUCAUGUCUGAGUAGAUCCUCACUUGGUGCAGUCUGGGUUCCUGCAGUUCUGCUGUCGUUGUGUUUUCCAUUGCAUUACAAUCGCAUUACAACUAUGAUUUUUACCUUUUUUUUUUUUUUCUGAAAGCAUGUUGGAAUGAGAGUUAUUAAUAAAGAGAGGUUAUUCAAAACUGACUCAAAUAAGUCUAAAACAAAACCCAGGCAGUGAAAGUGUCAGACUAAGCCAUCACAAGUUGCUACUAGCAGUCUUCUGAAACAGAAGCAGUUUGGUGUGAAGGUCUUUUCUGCCAAGAAGCUCAAUUCCAAUAAAGUUGUCCACUUUCCUGCAAGUGAAAAAGAGAGGAUCAGAGGGAGAGUUUUCUUUAACCCGCUUCUUUCUUCUUUUCCUUGACUGAAACAAGAAGCUUGGAGUUGUUACUAAUGGAAAGGCUUCACGUUUCAGCCGUGAUGGCUAAGGAGGUGGUGGAAAAGCUUGGAAGGAAGAACCAAGGACCAAAACUGUUGGAAAUGAUUAGUUUAUUGGGGUGCUAGAUCCUGGAAGAGUAACAAGGGGAAGCAUAAGCAAAACAAUCUAAUUUCUUAUCUCUCUGCCACUCCCCUCAAUGAACUUUAGGUGGGUGUAUGUGUGGAUUUGAAGUCUGUGCAGCAGACUGCAUUGGUUGAAUUUUUAUUUGGAGUCAGCAUGGUUAUGAAAGUUUUACAGGUUUCUUCAGGAAAAGUGAAGUUGCAGGUACUGAAAGAACCUCUUCAAGUGCCGGAGACAAAACCGUUUAAGCAUGAAAUGUCAAAUUAUGGACCUCAUGAAAAAUCUGAAGCAAAGGAGAUAGUUUCCCCUUGUCCACAUAGUAAGAAUGCAGGGCUGACAGAAGCCAGUACAUGUGCUGGAAAUGUGCAAGUUGUUGAUGGCUUCAGAUUGACUUCAUCGAUGAAUGAAAUAAACAUUAAUCAUGAGGAGAAGCUGAACAGUAAGCAUGGGGUCACUUCAAACAAGUUGCCAUCGUCAGCAGGCACUGCUGAGGAGCUCUCUUCAGAAUCAGACUGGACAGGCCUUGACAAUCAGGACACAGGGAUAUUACUAAAUGGUAUGUUUAAUGAGGAAGAAUCUGCAAAGACUUUUCAGGAAGCUUUGAUUCAAUGGAGGAAUGGUAAUCAUGAUCACAGACCAGAACAGCGUACUGGUGAGGUUCUACCAGAAUCUGUGGAAAAUCAUGAGGUACAGACCAAUCUUUCUGUUAUGAAAGAACAUGUCCAAAUUCAAUUCAAGGAGAGCGGCCUGAGCUACAUGGAGAAACUCUUGCUUAAGAAAUACAAAAGGACUUCUGCUGAUGAAAUGCCUGCUAGUUGCCCUACAUAUUUAAGGCCUGAGCAUGAACCGACUGCAUUACCCAAAGCUAUGACUGGAGGAGAAGAAAAAAGAAAUGCUGGUCAUACAGAUGAUUUAACAGUUGAAGAGGUGAGGAGAUACUGGACAUCUGUUUUUAGAGAGGAAGAACCCAAGACUGUUACGGAAAGUGCGGAGUCCUCUCUGAAAAUUGAACUUCUUGAUGAUUCUUACGACGUGGAGUUGGAAGAAUCGUGUAACUUCUUGGUGUGUGAAGCUGAGGCUACAGGAAUGAAUAACCAGAGAAAUAUUGAACCAUUUGAAGAGUUUGGAAGUGCUUCAGCAAUUGCAGAUCAGCAAGACACAAUACCAGACCUUUUGCCAAAAGAGACUGCAGCCAUGAUGAAGUCAUCUUGUCACUCAAAUUUUGUGGCUGAUGCUCAAAAUCGUUUACCUUCUCCUGAUGGAAAUCUUGUUUCCUCUAAAGAAAUCUUCCAAGGAGAUGGGAGAUGGGUUACUGACACGAGCUUAAGCAAACAUGCAGAUAAAUCUGUAGUUCAGGCUGUCUUAGAAAGUCAAAUGAGUAGAUCUUCAAGUGGUCUCAAGUCUCAAAGAAUUUCUCCUCUGGUAACUUGCAGACCAUACUCAGGGAAUGAUUCUAUCAGACCUCGAUCAACAGAUGUCAGUUUAUGUGGUAGCACCAGAGGUUGUGCAAAAUACACUCAUCCAAGACCAAAGAGUUCACCUAUGCAUACAUUUAGAGCUAAUACUGAGAUAUCAAAGCACAAGUAUGUUGAUGUAAUUAAACAAGAUGAGCAUCGUUGGGAAUAUAUUGCUGACCAAGAAGCCUUACUCUGUCUGGAAAAAGAAUUACAAACUUAUAUAGAUCCUCAAGAAAAACUUUACAGCCUAACUUCUGAAGAUGUAACCUCCUCCAGCAGAUGCUCAAGGAAGAUAUAUGGAAGUGUUACAGAUUUCCAUAAAACCUCGGAUCUAAAAGACUACAGCAGAGCUGAUAUGCUUCGGGGCUGUAAUGCAGACGAAAUAGAUGACGAGGAAGAAAUUCUGGAGGAUAAACGGCAGGUUCUUGCAUUACAGUAAAUGUGUGAAGAAUGUAAUGAUUUUGUAUCUUUGCAUUUCGUAUAAAAACGAAGAAGCAGGUGAAGAGUAAUUAUUGAGUGCUGUUGAUGUUAUUUAUUAAGGAUUGUUUUGUAAAUUUGUAAAUAAAAAUUUUAAAAAUCACUCAACUCGGAUUUUUUCUUACUGUGGAAAAACUAACAGAAUAAAAGAAAACUGAAAAGACUUGUUGGGUGAUGCCCUGCGUUCUCAGGCACAACAGCUUGCUUCAGCUUUCAUCAAGGUGUGGUGGUGGUUUUUUCAUUUGUUUGUUUUGAUAUAUGUCUGAAAUGUAGUUAAAGCUUUUUUGUUUGGUGCAGUGCUUGUUUUGUCCACUGUGGUUUUUAUGAUAUUUUGAAGGUAUCUUAAUCUUCUCUCUGAUUUUGGUCACCAAAGAAGUGAAACUACCUAAUUGCACUUAGGACUUGGUGUCAGAAAUGCAAGAUUUCUCUCUCUUGUGUUGGGAGACUUUGCAAUUGGGACUAACUGUAAGCUUUGGAAUGACAAUUGGUGUUAUCACCUGACACAACUAAAAUUAAUGGAAAUUUUUCACUGAAGCUUUUGUAAAGAAACUUUAUAACUUGGUUUAUAUUUUCCAUCUGUUCCACCGUUGAGUUGUAAUGGUUUAAGUGGAGUGUUUGUAUAAAAUGUGGCUCUCUGAAUUGCACUGUGUAUUUGAUUGUUAUUAACACUUUGAUUUUUAAUGAAGGGAUUAUGUGUUCAUUUCAGUCAUUAUUCAUCACAGCAACAGUGAUUAACUGAUCAGUAAAUCAUGAAAUCUGAUAUUAGAUGUCUUUUAAUGAGGAUUGUGAUUUUCAUCACUACAUUAACAUAUGCAGGUAGUUUUACUAAGUUUGUUUUGUUCAUACAUGGAAUGUUUAAGGGAAGUCUUGGAGUCUCAUCCUGAAAACCUUGUGGAUGUUUGUUUAGAGGUGGCAAAUGACCUGCUCUAAUGUAACAGAAGAAACAGCCUGAUACAUGAGGUGGUUUCUGGCAAUUAAACACACUUACUGGUGUCUUCCUUAAUGCUAUAUAACUCUAAAG